AUAUGUCUACUCGCGUCCCCAAAGUUACUAUAUUUUCUAAUCGUCCUCUCCUUUUCUCGUUGUCCUCUCAACAUCCAAGAAGUCUGACUUCCUGGUGAUUGCCGUCCCCAGUUGUGCUCGGCUCUGGUUGUCAUCUUGUCUUAAUCUUGUUACGUAGUCAUCUGCUUGACUCAGACAAAUCCAGGUGGUUCAGUGUGGGUUUAGUUAGUUGUAGCUCCGCCCUCUUCCCCCCCAAUCACCUCGAUGUGGUUUCCUGUUCAUCGGUGUGAAGAUCUUCUUCAAUCGCGGCAGAGGAGCCCACUUUGAGCGCGUGCGGCGUUGAAAGCGGCGGGCGAUUGGCCGAGAGGAGCAGGAAGGGGGCGGGACCAAGUCGUUGCUAGACGAGCCCGCGUCGGCGGCGAGGAGCCCGAAACGGCUGACCGGCCCAGAUCUACUCACACAGUGACCGCCGUUGCUGAGGCGACGUCACUGCGUCGUUUUUCCACGCGUGCACCUGGCUGACGGGAAGUCCUCCGGUUCGCCUUCAUCCUGUCAUUGACGCUUCUUUCUCUGUACCUCGCACGCCCUUCAUACAAGAUGGCUGCCUGACAUGCGCUGAAAACAUUCGACAGUCAAAAAGGUUUCACCUUUUCGUCUUCUUCUGCAUCAUCUUUAUUUUGUUCUACUUGGUCUUAUGUCUUCUCCUUAGCCUCGUCUUUGUCCAUCUACUUCAUCAUCUUUAACUCAAUUCGUCAUUUUUAUCAUCAUCUGCUUUGACAUCAUCUUCAUCCUCACUGUUUUCUCCUUUGUUCACAAGGACACAAAGUUCGGCGGCAGCGGCGCUGCGACUUCCUGAGUGUGGCGUGUCGGCCAUGUUGUCUUCCUUUGACGUCGCAUCUCUGCUCCUACCCGCACUGGUGUCGGCCGCCGUGAUGGCGUGCGGCGUCGCCCUGGCGUUGGCGUGUCUGCACUGCAGGGACAAUGGACCACCCGUUUCCAUUCGGGAAGCGAGCUACACCAGCGAGUACAUCCCGUCCUCUCAAUUCACACUGGUCCAUCCACAUCAUUCGACGACUCGCCCGACUUCUGGCCUGCUGUCACCUUUCAUUCCCGCUUUGCAUGUUGGAAGUCAGCGCAGCGGAAGAUCUGACAGAGAGCUCACAGAAAGCGAAAGUAACCACAGCUACCAGAACUCCCACGAUGAACGAGACUCUUCCGCUGGAGAUUACAUAAUCGUGUUGCCAGGAGACGAGGCUCCUGCUGCCAAUCUUAGCGGCGCCUCCACGCCGAGCUCAGGCGAACUGCACAGCUACGAGAACGUCCAAUCUCACACAGGCUACCUGAACUUGAUUGAAGGUGAGACGCCAACGUUGGUGUCUCAAAGUGAUGAAGACGACGACGAGGACAGCGACGACGUCGAGGGGAAGUACGUCAAUCAAGCCAGCGGGAUGUCAUCUAGCCCGCUGCAUGAUGGGAUGUAAAGAGGAAUGGAGCGUGACUAAUGUCAAUGUCGUUUUGUUUUUUCUAAUUUUUUUGUUGAACUGACGACUCCUGAGAAUGUUUUCAUCCACACUAGUGUUUUUCAAUGUAAUUAAAGUUGACAAAAAUCA